AUGUUAGGCAACAUCGGGACUCUUCAUACUUCGCCCUCGGGACAUGUUCGCUACGUGCCACAGGCAUCGCAAUGGGAGUCGGUUGUCGCAAAGAGCUCCGCUGCGGAGUGCUUGCGAGAUUCAGAUGCGGAUCUGGUGGACGAUGACGACUUGCAGAUCCCAUUGGCUCGGAACGGGAGCAUAUCUCGCUCGGAACUGCUGGGGCUGCUUCCGCCUGGGCAGUACUGCGAUACUUUGAAAGAAGUAUACUUCCGCGUUUUCUCUCCGGUUUUCCAUAUUCUCCAUGAUAUGACGUUUGAGGCAGAAUACCAACAGUUCUGCCACGAUCCCUCAAGUGUUUCAAUAGCAUGGCUGUCUCUGCUUUUCGCAAUACUGGCUAUUGCUGUAAGUGCGCUUGAUGACGAUGACCCACUUCUCUCUGACCUCGGCGAGAGGACUGUCAGUCGAAACAUCAAGGUUCUUUCUGCCCGCUACCGGUCUGCAGCUCUUCGCUGCCUGGCGGCUGACGGUGUCAUGACUCGUCAUUCGAUUAGCUCUCUUCAAGCCUUGGUUCUCAUAAGCUAUGCAAGACUACAGCGCGGGCUCGCUUUCUGGACCUUGCUGGGACUCACUCACCAUGUCGCCAUUUCUAUGGGAUGCCACAUAGAUCCAGAACGAUUUAUGCUGGGUCCAAUUGAGCGGGAGGAAAGGCGCCGUGUCUGGGCGGGGCUUAUGCUGCUUUACACAAUCCAGAAUACCUCUUUCGGUAGCUUGGAUCAACAGAUGCUGUCACAAGAUGUGAAGGUGCCAGCUGACGUGGAUGACAUCGAUCUCCUCACGAGCCCUAGCAUGCCGAUAACCUCAGACCCAUCGACUUCGCCAUCCGCUGGCCGGCCGACUCAGAUGACCUACCUUCUCCUCACGUUCAGGCUUUACAAGAUAUCCAAUAAAGUCUGUGAGACUAUCUUCAGCUAUCCUCAAUUGUCUCGAUAUUCUGUCUCUCAGCUCGAGGCCGAAAUUUUAGCAGUUCGUGACAUGUGUGAUGCGCGCUACACGCUGGAUUCCAAUGAGGAGACUCUAGCAGUCCACCAUCAAGCCAAUCUGAACAUCCUUUACAGCCAGAUCCAUCAACUUCUUCUGCUUCUCCUCCGUCCCACCCUCUGUCGAUACCUCCAAGGCGAAAUCACGCAGGAGACCAGCGACACGCGGGCCAAAUGCAUCUCAUCGGCGAAGACAUCGUUAACGAUUUUCCAGACCUUGCUGGAAGCACCGCAAUUCGCGCCUUACAAAUGGUACACCAGUGGCCUAGGCAGCUUCCACGCAUUCCAUGCGGCUGUCGUUCUAGCGAUCGGGCUUUUGCACCCCGAGAACCCCGCAGAAUUCGAUGAAAUGAAAGCAUUUCUCCGUCGAGCUCUCGAAAUGUUCGCAGCCCUAUCGGUACGAAGUAUCUUUUGCAGCAAGGCAGUGCCCGUUGUUCGCCAGAUCAUUGACGUCGCUUCGACUCAAUACAGCCAGGCCAAGCAGCAGUCGAAAAUGCAGAUCCGGCAUACACAACCAUCACCACCCCAGCCACUGCCUCAUUAUCAAUACGAAGCGCAAGCCCAAGUGUUCCCUUUGGCACACAGCAUGCCCACCGGGACAAUGUCGGAAAGCUUCCUUUUGUCAAAUCCCCUGGCCCACUCGCCCGUACCCACUGUCUCUUCCUCAACCAGCGAACCGACUAUGCAUUCGAGUUUUGGGAUCCACCUGCAACCGCAGAAUUGGCUGGGUCCCACAUCCAUCCCGUGGGAUACGUUGAAUCCGUCAAUGGGAUCGUAUCCGCCGGAAUCAUAA